UAAUGUUAUAUCUGUUUAAGGUCGAGGGAUUUUGUUUAAUGUUAAAUUAUUAUGAAUUCAAUCAAUAUUACGUGCAUGACAUCAUUCUUGAUAUAUCUCUAUGAAACAAGUGUUACUUUACGCCUAAAAUGCUGGAUGUUUGAGCUAUGUCAUUUUGCAUGACAGUUACUAAUGCCUGCAGGUGAAGAUAGCCACCGACAUAAUAAAGCUAAUAUUAAAUCGAAGGCCAAUGCAGAUGGUGAUAAAAAAUCAUCGGGGUUCAGAAAAGGUGAUAAUGUAGAUGCAUUAAAGAGGAACACCCCGAAAAAUGUGAAAUCUGCUGAAUGGAAAACUAUGGGUUCGCUGAAAAUAAUUCCAGGAACUGUCGAUAAGAAAGGUCGGCAGAAAAGCAAAGUGAGUUCCAAGGAGGAUGAAGAAGAUGACGAUGAUGGUGACGUUGACGAUGAUGAUGAUGACGAUGAUGAUGAUGAAGACGACGAUGACGAGAAUGAUGAUGACGAUCCCGAUGACGACGACGAUGAUGAUGAUGAUGAUGACGAUGAAAAAGACAAUGCAAAAUUAGCGGCUAUCAAAAACAUUCUAAAAUUUAAAAAUCCAAAUGAGGACGCCACUUGGAAGAAAGUCGGUAAACUCAAUAUUCGUUAUCCUGGCAACAAUCCUGGCAAAAAAUCGGUGAAGACUAAAAAUGACGAUGACGAUGACAAUGACGACGAUGAUGACAAUGACGAUGAUGACGACGACGACGAUGAUGAUGACGACGACGACGAUGAUGACGAUGAUGAGGAUGAUGAUGAUGAUGAUGACGAUGAUGACGAUGAGGAUGAUGACGAUGAAGAUGAUGACGACGAUGAUGACGAUGAUGACGACGACGAUGAUGACGACGAAGAAGAGGAAGAUAAAAAAAUUUCUAGGCAUCAUUCUAAAAUAGGUAAAUUCAGUCGUCAAAAGCAAGUUGCCGACGAUGAUGAUGAUGAUGAUGAUGACGACGACGAUGAUGAUGAGGAUGAUGAUAGCGAUGAAGAUAGUAUAUUCGGUAGAAUAAGACGAAUGUUUACAGGCGAUCGCUGUUUCUACAUUGGAUUGGGGGCGAAACCGGCCGUCCCAAAAAUGACUUACGAACCCUACCAGUGCUGUCCCACUAAAGUUCAGAGUCCAACCAAAGUAGCGAAGGCCACGCCGACCAAGGUGCCGAAGAAAAUCGAGAAGCAGCCACAGAAACCCGAAAAGGAGGUCAAGGGCAAAAACAAGGCUCUUGCUAAACCAGACAAACCGUCCAAGGGGAAAAAAGGUUUAAUCGAGUCUGAUAAUAAUAUUUGGUGGUGGUAAAUUUAAAUUAAUGUUAGAAGUUCUUGCUCUGAUAUCCUCGGAUAUGGGGGCAAGGCAGGCAUCAAGUGGACACAAUGUUAUCGUCGCUGGCCCUAGCCUCCACCCAGCUCACUAGACCUCCAUGGCUAACGUUGCAUCUGUCUGUACCGGCUAUUAACAUUGCUAGCUUUGCAUAACCUCGUGUCCCUUGAUCCCUGCAAGCACGUAACAGGGUUGAUUGUUGUAACCGUUGCACAAGGACUGUACUCGCACGUCUGUCGUGUCUCUCGUGAUACUGUACUAGUACUAUGACUCGUAUACCUGCCGCCGAGCCGUCGCGGCGUCGGUGCGAAUACAGCCCACACUGAUACAUCCUACAAAAUGUGCUUUACUGUAAAUUCAAGAUCAUGUGCCCACUAAAUAUUGGGAUGUCUAGAGAUAUUGUAAGCAGGUGUACAAAUCGUUAUUUUCAUUGUAAAUUGAUUCCAAUAUUUAGAAAUUAAAAUGUAAAUCGAGACGUAACAAUAACGACGCAAGGCAUUUCUCAUUGUAUUUUGCCGUGACAUCUUGAAAGACUUAUAAUAAGUUGUAAGGAUUUCAUGUUCAUAUAGUUUUCUAGUCUUCAUGGAAUCUCAUUAUUUUGUAAUACUACAUUUGAUAAAAUAUUACUUUUAUAAUUUAUAGACAUAAAAACUUAUAGUUCUUAAUAUUUUGUACCAACAUUAAACUAAUGAAUUAUUUGAUUAAUAAUUUUCAUAAGCGCAGUGCCGGAUAUCAGUGCAAUAAAUCAAUUCAUUAAAUCAUUGUUCAGUAAGCAAUAGGUAUCGGACUGCGUUGGACGAUGUCUAUGACCAGCCAGCCGUUAGGCAACGACUAUAUAUUUGUAAACUUAGUUUCCAUUGAAGACUAAUGUUGCGGUUAGAGUCGUCUAAAGCUUUCCGGUCGAACAGUGCUGGCGUUGUGUGACUAUUAAGUCGAUAUGUAAGUUGUAUUGUUUGGCCGAAAAUUCGCAUGAAUGUUAAUUUAUUUAUUUGUUACGUUGAAUUGUUGAGUCGGCGCUGAAACAACUUUUUUUGUUAAAUAAAUACAUUUUUCUAAUAAAUCAAAA